AUGAAGAUCUCAUUUGUCGCUGGAACUUUAUUAGUAGCUGGCACUUCUGCUGAGUAACACUACCAUAUUUUAAAUUCUAAAAACGAUCCCCAAUAACAAUACCUUGUUUCACAUUAAGUGGAGCCUUUACUAGUUUAGAAUUCAUUAUCAUUCAACUAUGGAGAUAAUGAUAGACUAGCAUAUAUUCAAAGAGAUCAUAAUAACAGAAUCAUUAAACCAACUAGGGGUUACAUUAAAUCCGCUAUACAAAACAAAGCUGUAGUUGUUAGACCAUACGAUGAUAUCUUACCGUAAAGAGUUAGAUCAGUUUCGAGCAGAGUCUCAAAAUAAGUUGAUGAAUCUAGCAAUAAAAACAAUAUUCUAAUUAAUUCAAAAGAUAAUGCUGUCUAUGUAUUUAGCGAUACUGAUGAACUACAUAAAAGUGCUAAUGCUUUUGUCCCUGCUAUCAAAAGCACUUUUGGAAAUGCAAUAAAUAUUGUUAACAAAGGAGAUGGUAUUACUUUUAACAUUGGAGAGGGAAAUUCAGUCCCAGACAAGAAAAAAGAGAAGCCCGUUUAAAAGAAAUAGAGUUUCUGGGAUUGGUUAUUUGGAAAUAAACUUAAUGUUUAGGGAUUCGUCUCUUAAACUUAACCUCAAGUAAAUAUGCAAAGAAUUAUAAUUGGUAUUGAUAGAAAGCUUCAGUAUAAUAAUUGA